UCCAAUUAAAAGGCGGUGUGGAAGAGGCACCUCGUGUGUCAUGCAUACAUUAGAGCCGCGCGCUGGGGUCUGCAGGGAGAGCGCGCAGGUUCCAGACCCGAGUGUCAUCUCGGAUUAGCAGCUCCCUCUCUCUCUCUUUCUCUCUCUGUGUCUCUCUCCCCCUCCCUCCAUCCCACCAUCACUGACGCACAAAAGAAUGGAUCUACAACUUUUUUUCAAAGACAGCGAUCUAUAAAACCACCACUCACCCUCAUCUGCAUCCCUCUGUCUUUUCCUUUUUUGCUAGUUUUUGGCUGAUGGACAGACUUUCUCAGGCCGCGGCGAGAGAGACGUGAUGCUGCAGGAUUUAAACGCCGCCGUCCUCUUCCCUCCGUGUCUGCAGCACAGAACUUUCGCUCAAGUUCCAGACAAUGACGAGCAGUUUGUUCCCGACUUCCAGAACGAAAACUUGGCGUUCCACGGCCUGCAGCUGAAGAUCAAGCGUGAGCUCCACAGUCCGUGUUCCGAGCUGAGCUCCAACUGCAGCCAAGACCGCUCCUUCAAGGUCCAGUAUGGAGACAAGUGUCCGUACAGCAGCAGCAGUGCCUAUGAGCAGAAGCAGCCCGCAGGAAUGAAGCCCUCCAGCCCAGUGACACCACCCUGUAGCACCCCGGUGUCCCCCCUACACCAUGCUUCCCCCACCGCCGCGCAGACACCCAAACCAGACCGGACCUACGCCCACGUGCCGCCCUCGCAGCCACUUCCCGACAACUACGCCAUGGACCACAGAUUUCGGCGCCAGCUCUCGGAGCCGGGCCACUGCUUCCCGUCCCCUCCCUCGAUGACCCGGGACGCCCGACCCCUCUACCACCGGCAGAUGUCGGAGCCCAGCAUCCCCUUCCCCCCUCAGGGCUUCAAGCAAGAGUUUCCGGACCCCUUGUACGAGCACCCAGCCAUGAUGGGGGCGCCGCUGCCCCACGCGUACCCCCCUGCCGCCGCCAUGAUGAUCAAGCAAGAGCCACGGGACUUCGCCUACGACUCAGCUGAAGUGCCUAGCUGCCACUCUGUCUACUUACGCCAGGACGGCUACCUGGCGCAUCACGCUAACCGGGCCGAAGGGUGCAUGUUCGACAAGGUGGCGCGGCAUUUCUACGACGACACCUGCGUGGUCCCAGACAAAGUGGAAGGAGACAUCAAGCAGGAGUCGGGUCUGUACCGCGAGGGCCCGUCGUACCAGCGCCGCGGCUCCCUGCAACUCUGGCAGUUCCUGGUGGCUCUUCUGGACGACCCGUCCAACUCGCACUUCAUCGCCUGGACCGGCCGCGGCAUGGAGUUCAAGCUCAUCGAGCCUGAGGAGGUGGCGCGUCGCUGGGGGAUCCAGAAGAACCGUCCGGCCAUGAACUACGACAAACUGAGCCGAUCUCUGCGCUACUACUACGAGAAGGGAAUCAUGCAGAAGGUGGCAGGAGAGAGAUACGUGUACAAGUUCGUGUGCGACCCCGAGGCCUUGUUCUCCAUGGCAUUUCCCGACAAUCAGCGGCCGGUGCUGAAGACGGACAUGGAGCGGCAGAUCAACGAGGAGGACACGGUGCCGCUGUCGCACUUUGACGAGAACAUGGCGUACGUGCAGGAGGCGCCGUACUGCCCGCCCAACCCGUACAGCGAGGGCUACGUCUACUGACGCACACUUCCACGCGCCGCUGGCCCCUUGUCGCCCCCUGCUGCUGCCUCACCACGGAGCCCCCACGAGGAACUCUUCCUCUGGCAGCAGGACGGAGCGUGCACUUUAUGGACCGCAGCGGCGCCGGCAUUUGUACAUGAUUUAUUUAUUUAUUAUUUUUAUUUCUGUGACAAGAUGGUCCGAAGCAUGAGACCGGACUCACCAGGCGAGCCUUGUGCUCCUGCCACGCGCCGCCCACUUUGAUUUCAAUGUUCUGUAGAGACUUGUGACCCAAGCGCCCUCACUCGAGAACAUGAUCUGCUCAUCAUGGAGGACAGGACGAUUCAUGGUUAUGUGACCUCAUCGCGAAAAGUGACUACUGAAAUGCAGAUCCACCUCUGCUUUUUAACCAUUUUUUUCUGGAAAAAAAAAAUCUUCAAGUUAUAAAAUGUUUAUUAUUUAUUAAAAAUGUUUUUUGUAUUUAAUGUUGAUUUUGAUUUAUAUUCAUUGAGAAAAGUUUUUGUCCCAAAAAAAAAAAGACGGCUAUAUUUGAGAAAUGUCUCCGUUUUGUUUGAGCAUUUUGUUUGUAUCGUUUUGUCAAAAUCAAGUCUUUUAAUUCAUAAGUUUAGCUGGUUUCUGAUGCUUUGUCUUUGGUUUCAUCACAACUCUGGUGUUUCUUCUGAACCGCGAUGCUAAAUGGAACCGGCGAACAUGAGUGACGAUACUUGAAGACUUUUUCUCCAAAGAGGCGAGAAGGUUGUUUAUUUCUGUGGAAUCCUUUGUGCUGAGCAGCAGGACUCGAAGAAAAGACUGGCUGACGGAGGUGGCGACCAUGAGCUCGGCCCUGGAGCGGGAGAGCGAGUGACAAAGACCUGGCGGAACUGUGCUCCUCACCUCAUUGGUGUCUGAACUCACUCCAACUGCAGCUGCUGUACAAUAAACUGUUGAAGUCUCCCGGGUGUGUCGAUCCUUCAUGCUCAGGCUGAAACUCUCACACAGGUCAGCUUCUGUAGCGACGUGGGCCGCGGCAGGAAACCGCCCAACAGACUCUGUGUACGAACACAGCUCUGAGAAACAUCCACGAGAAUCUCACCGAACAGAUCAGAAUAAAAGCUAGGUAAAAGGUGGGAGCGGAACAGAAGUGCGGCCGAGGCCGGCUGGGCUGCUGGAGGGCGGCGCUGGUCCACUAACGAUUGCGCGGCUGCAGGAGACUUGUCUCCUCCGGUGUCACCGGGAGUCAAUGAUCGAGUCUUUAAUUGCCUUGCUGAUGGAAAAAUGAAAGAGGAAGUGGAAGUAAUGAGAGGCGGCCGCUCGCCGGCUCACUAUUGAUCCGCUCACCAAAAACAGGAUUGUUUCCAGAGCAGCUGGUCAUGUGACCGGACCAAGGCGCUGCUGCUCGGCACGGACACCAGCUGGAAAGACUCGGCGCCG